CGUGCAACUUCGCUUUUCGAUUAUUUUUAACGAUUUUGUGGAUUUUUUUUAUAUUUUCUGGUGUUGUCGCUUCAUUUGGACGUCACCGCGUCUUGAGCAUCAUCGGUUCCUCUCCGACCUCGUUUGAUCUCACCAUUGUUUUAUUGUUGUUUCUGACGGAGCCGAGUCCCCAUUAACAUUUUUCAAGCCAUUGCCACGCUUGUAUUUUUUCCCAUCAAGAAGCAGUGUCAAAUUAAAAUACGAAAUUCUGUCUGAUCCAGUUUUUGAAAACAACAAAAGUAGCGUCACUCUUAGCACAAUAACUUACGAACUAAUGAAUAAACUAUAAUGAAAUUUUAACAACUGUCCUUUCAAGGUUAGCACUAACUGAGAAACAGGUGAAUGCAAUAAAACUAGUGCCAUCUAUGUGCUAGGACCGGGACUUUACAGCCCAUGUGUUAUAAGUUUAACUAGGAAAAGCAGUUAAAGAACAAGUAAUGGAGGCAAACGGCAUUAUUCCGGACAUUAUCGAUACCAAACCCAAAGCACUACUGGAGGUGAACUAUCCCAGUGGUGUGAAGGUGGAUUUGGGUAAAGAACUCACUCCAACUCAGGUAAAAGAUCAACCCACAGUUACUUGGAAAGCGGAGAGCGAUGCUUUAUACACUUUGGCAAUGGUAGACCCAGAUGCACCAUCGCGUGCUGAACCAACAAGUCGUGAAAUUUUGCACUGGCUUGUAAUCAAUAUUCCGGCCAAUAAAGUAGCUGAAGGUCAAACAGUCGCUGAAUACGUUGGCUCUGGCGCUCCACAAGGAACUGGUCUGCACCGCUACGUCUUUCUAGUCUUCAAACAGCCAGCCAAGAUUGAUACUACAAAAUUUAUUCCCAAAACGUCUCGUGAAGGUCGUCUUAAAGUGAAGACAAGAGAUUAUAUUGCCAAGUAUAAUUUGGGUGAACCAGUUGCUGGAAACUUCUACCAGGCACAAUACGAUGAUUAUGUGCCCAUAUUAAGAGCGCAAUUUACUGAGUGAUUUUAGUAGCUACAAGUAGAAAAUCACAAAACGAUUUAAUUGUAUACUUACACAUCACAGAACUUUAUUCAAAGCCUCUUAUGCCAAUUAUCUACUGUUCGACUGCAUCAACCAAAUUAAUGUCCUCUCAAUAAUAAUAAAUUAUAAGAUGAAUCAUGUAGGCACGAAGAUUUCUAUCUCUUGUGUGAGUUCUAGAUGGCGGCAAUUUCUGGCAGAGGAAUUCGUGCUUGACCAAUAUUAUCGUUACCACAGAAAUAAAAACUACCUAGAAAUUAUUUAAAUUCAAUCAAAAUCUGUUUAUUAAUUUUUUUUUAUUUUACUAUAAAAAUACAUCAGUUUGUUUUUAACGUUAAA